UCUCGAUCAGAUAACCCGAUAAAAAACCUAAUCCCAGACCUCCAAUUGGCCAAUCGCUCUCCGCCUCCACCGAACCGCGGCAAUACAGUACCAUCAUCAUCGACCAUAUCGCAACAACUCUCUCCAACACAACCCACCCAACAGAAACCACCCAAUUAGACAUAACCUCCAAGAUGCGCGCCCUAUCCCGCCUGCUGAUGGCCACGCCCUCGACCAUGGGCUCCAAGUCCAGCCUCAGCGAAGCCCUCGCCCUCCUUCCUCCCCUCCAACUCUACCGCCGCAUCCUCCGCGUCCACCGCAAGAAACUCGACCCCGAGAUGCGCAUCCUCGGCGACUCCUACCUGAAGAGCGAGUUCAGGGCUCACCGUAGUGUGGAGAAUCCGUUGCAUAUUAUCGGGUUCUUGACGGAGUGGCAGUUAUACGCGCAGAAGUUGGAGGGCGAUACCUGGAUUGGGGAGAAAUUGGAUAAGAAUAAGUUGGAUAAGAUGAGUGACCAGCAAAUCGGCCAAUUAUACGAACUCAUGAACGCUAUCAAGAACGAGGGUGGGGAGAGCGAGGGCGAGGGCGAGGGCCAGCAAUGAGUGUGUUUCCACGAUAACUCUGACGAUGGAAUAACCCAGUUUUUGAUAUCCCUUCAUAUGAUGGGUGGUACGACGCUUAUAGC